CGCCCGGCCCGCGCUGCCAGCCCUACGCGGCUGCUCCGGCUCCUAAUCUGAUUUUUUUUUUUUUUUCUUUCCCUCCCCUUUUCUCUCCCCGCUCGCAGCUCCGGCGUGCGCAUCGCCCGCGGGGAGCGGGGCUCGGGGCGCAGCGGAGAGCCGGCCAGCCCUUAGCGGAGCGCGGCAUGCCCGCCCGGCGUCCCCGCGCCUGCUAGGCUCCCGUCGGCACCGAGGAGGCGGCGGAGGAAGAGCGGGGUCGGCGGCCACCCGCCCGCCCCGUCGCAGCGCCCCGCAGCCGCCCGCGGGGGAGGCCAAGAUGGCAGAGGCGUCGCCCCCCGCCCCGCUUUCGCCCCUGGACGUGGAGCUGGACCCCGAGUUCGAGCCGCAGAGCCGCCCCCGCUCCUGUACCUGGCCCCUGCAGAGGCCCGAGCUGCAGGCCAGCCCAGCCAAGCCCGCCGGCGAGCCGACCGCCGACGCCGCCUCCAUGAUCCCCGAGGAGGAGGACGACGAGGAGGAGGGGGGCGGCUCGGCCAUGACCGUCGGCAGCGCGGCCCCGGCGGGCGGAGAAGCGGCGGCGGCGGCCACCGCCGUGCCGGAGGAGGCGGCGCGGCUGCUGGCCCCGCUGCCCGGAGGCGGCCCGGAGGGGCCGAGCCUCUCGCCGGGGGGAGCGGCGGCGGCGGGCGGCGGGGGGCUGAGCGGGGGCCCGGCGGCGGCGCCGAGGAAGUGCUCGUCGAGGCGCAACGCGUGGGGCAACCUCUCCUACGCGGACCUCAUCACCCGUGCCAUCGAGAGCUCCCCGGAGAAGCGCCUCACCCUCUCCCAGAUCUACGACUGGAUGGUCCGCUGCGUGCCCUACUUCAAGGACAAGGGCGACAGCAACAGCUCGGCCGGCUGGAAGAAUUCGAUCCGGCACAACUUGUCACUCCACAGCCGAUUCGUCAGGGUGCAGAAUGAAGGCACUGGGAAAAGCUCUUGGUGGAUGAUCAAUCCAGAUGGUGGAAAAGGUGGCAAGGCACCCCGGAGACGUGCUGUGUCCAUGGACAACAGCAACAAGUACACCAAGAGCAGAGGGCGGGCGGCUAAGAAAAAGGCAGCCCUGCAGACUGCCCAGGAAACAAGUGAGGACAGCCCUUCUCAGCUCUCCAAGUGGCCAGGGAGUCCCACAUCCCGCAGCAGUGACGAGCUGGAUGCAUGGACAGAUUUUCGCUCCCGUACAAAUUCAAAUGCCAGUACGAUCAGCGGCCGCUUGUCACCAAUUUUGGCAAGCACUGAACUAGAUGAUGUUCAAGAUGACGAUGCUCCACUUUCUCCCAUGCUGUACAGUAGUCCAUCGAGCUUGUCCCCAUCGGUAAACAAACCAUGUACUGUGGAGUUGCCUAGGUUGACUGAUAUGGCUGGGACAAUGAACUUGAAUGAUGGACUGACAGAUAACCUCAUGGAUGAUCUCUUGGACAAUAUAACACUCCCUCCCUCCCAGCAGUCACCCACUGGAGGGAUAAUGCAGAGAAGCUCCAGUUUUCCUUAUGGUUCCAAAGGUUCAGGGCUGGGUUCCCCAUCAAGUAGUUUCAACAACGCUGUGUUCGGGCCAUCGUCCCUGAAUUCCCUCCGCCAGUCGCCCAUGCAGACAAUUCAGGAGAACAAGCAGGCCACCUUCUCUUCCAUUUCUCAUUACAACAACCAGACGCUGCAGGAUCUUCUUGCCUCUGAUGCACUUAGUCACAGCGAUGUCAUGAUGACACAGUCUGACCCACUCAUGUCACAAGCCAGCACAGCUGUGUCUGCCCAGAAUUCCCGCAGAAAUAUAAUGCUCCGCAACGACCCUAUGAUGUCGUUUGCUGCACAGUCCAGCCAGGGUGGUCUGGUCAAUCAGAACCUGUCACAUCACCAGCACCAGUCCCACAACUCCUCUCUUAGUGGCAGCCGUGCCUUGUCCAAUUCCAUCAGUAACAUAGGCUUAAGUGACUCCAGCAGCUUGGGAUCCACCAAACAUCAGCAGUCACCUGUCAAUCAGUCUAUGCAAACACUUUCUGACCCGCUGUCAGGCUCCUCUUUGUACUCUUCUAGUGUGAACCUCCCGGUCAUGGGACAUGAGAAAUUCCCAAGUGACUUGGACUUGGAUAUUUUCAAUGGGAGCCUGGAGUGUGACAUGGAGUCCAUUAUCCGCAGUGAACUCAUGGAUGCCGAUGGGCUGGAUUUUAACUUUGAUUCCCUCAUCUCAGCUCAGAAUGUUGUCAGUCUGAAUGUGGGGAACUUCACUGGUGCUAAACAGGCUUCAUCACAGAGUUGGGUGCCAGGCUGAAGGAUCUUUGAGAGCAGGGAAAAUGGGCAAACAGGCCCUCAAACUGACACGAGAUGUAGAGAGAGAACCCUUUGCCAAAUCUGCUGUCAGCAAGUGGACAGUGAUACUGUUUACAGCUUACAACCUUUGUGAACCCUGCAUUGUUUUCCUAAUGAAGCAGACUGUUAAUAGGCCCCUUACUGGAGUGAAGAUCCUACCUUUUUUUUUUUUACCUUUUUUUUUUCUUCCCCUCCUCUUUUCGUUGGAAAUUGAACUCAUUCUGAAGUAUGCAAAAUCUUCCUUUUCUGGGAUGGCCAAGCACCUGCUGUGGAGACAAUGUUCAGCACCAUCCUGUUGAGAACACACUGUGUAGCCUUUUACAGUAGUUACUUGUCAAUGAGUAUGUGGUGUUUCAAUAUAUUAAUGGUUUAUGGGAUGUUUUAAGUUGGUUUUCUUUUUGGAGGUUUUCCCCAUCUGCCCAGCCUCCCCCCUACAACCUCCAGUUUGAUUUCCUUAGAUUUUUGACCAUUUUUGCUUUCUCGCCCUGGGGAAUUUGAAGUACUGUGCACACGCAAGGAAAUGAUCAUAACCCAGCACUGCUGAGGUGCCAGGGUUUUCUGAAUAUAGAGCAUAUGUUAGACCGAUCAACUGGCUGAAUUCCAGAGAGAGGGGGUGCGCGUACCCUGUUCACUUGUUGGGUUGGUUUGUUUGUUUCUUUUUUAUUCUUUCCUUAAAUUUAAUGGUACGCCCCUGCCUUCUGUAAGUGUCAAACCAGAGCUGAUUGCAAAACAAGGGAAGAUAGUGGGUUUGCCUCUUGGUUCAUGGGGAUGGUCUGACAGCGGGUGCCGUUGCCCUCAUGUGCACCAAGGCAGGAGCCUGUGUUCUGCCCAAUGGAGCAGGCUCCCCUCCUGCCUUAUGUUGGUAAGGCUGCCCCUACUGCCACAGUGAGCUGGUGAGGAGUUGUGGGCUGAGCUGCCAGACCAGGUGAACAUAGCCACCUGUAGAGAUGCAUUUGAAAAAGCAAAAAGUAAAGGAAAUGUAGCAGCUGGGCAUCGGCAGGUGACUUGCAGUGACAAUGCCGGGAGCUGAGGCACAGGUCACUGCAGGAUGUGUUACUGCAUCAGUGAUCCUUUGUUGUUGUUGUUGUUUUAGACAUAUCCUUGAUUAUUUUUUCCUUCUCAUUAUGUAUAAUCCAUUGUGGCAGAAGAAGCAGGAGUGGGAAUGGCAAGGUGACAGUAUCAUACAAAUGGCUUUUUCACAUGAGCAUAGAUUGUAUCAAGAUAAAUGACACUGAAAGACAAGGCAGUUUUAUAUAUUUUGCUUCUAAGAUUUUCUUUUAUAAAAUGAAUAAUAAUUAAUAAUAAUAAUGAAUAAAAGGUAUGGUGCUGUAUAGAUCCUCUCUAUAAUCUGGAAAUUUGAUUACUUUUUAUUAGUAUCUUGGGGGGAAAGGGAUACAAAAAAAAGAGGUACAUAGGAACUCAAUAUGAAGAAGUUCUGAACAGGACAGUGUUCAUAAUUCUCCAAAGUGAUAUAUGAAGUUUUUUUUCUUUGCAUAAAAGCAUUAUGCAUAUAAAUAUAUAAAUAUAUUUUAUUAUGUACAGAAAUGGAUCAUUAUGCAUGGAUGUUAGGAAAACAAACUAGCAUUUUAACCCAAAGUCUCAGUGCAUGAGUUCCCUCUGACACGUGUCCCAUGCAAUGUGGAGUGACUCCCUCUUGCCACUGCCACCACACAUGCACAGCCAUGCACAGAUGCGUGCAUUUGUGGGCCCUUCCUCACUCCUUACUUUCCAGGUCCCUGAGGUGAUACAGGUGAAACAACAGCUCCUAGUGUGAUGGAAGUUUUGUUUUUGUACCGUAGCCUCCACGCUGUUCUCUCACAAAGAAGCACCUCUUGGUUUCUCCUCCCAGUUAUGACUGUGUAGGCUCUGUGCAGUUGUGGUUAGCAUAGCCCUGUAGCAUAUCAACUCUUCCAAGAAGCCAAGGGUUUAUCAUUUGCCUUUUAAAAAAACUUCUUUUUACACUGAGGUGGUCUGUUUGUCAGCGUGUGGCUUAGUUUAUUGCGUUCAUUGGAGUUGGCUGGUGCUCAUUGCCCAUCUCUAUCAGAAGCCAGCCUCCCAGGAUGCUUGUGUGGCACACCUGGGCACCUUGCUUAUUGGAGUCCAGUUGCAAGCACCUUUUACUGAAAUUGGGCUAGGGUUUGUCACUGGCCUCCUCUGAGCAUGUACCGUUAGCUCUCAGCUUCCCAGUACACCCCAAAAUGUGGGUCUAUGCUGAAGGACCCCUCUAGUGCUUCUUUCCCUGAGGCUUCUUUGCAGCUGCCACCUUGCGGCUGGACUUGUGCCCUGGCCCCGUGGUUUUGGCCUCUAGCAGAGUUCACUCUGUGACUCCCCAUGCUGGGGUGCAGCAUUUGAUCCCUGCAUGAUCCCUCUUCAGUAAGACCCGAGGAGCCUGCCCAAAGACCCACCAGCCAGGUCACUGACAGAUCCAGUAAGACCUGACUUGAUGGUAUGGCCAAGGUGACCAAAACUCGUAAUUUUUUUUGUCGUGGUACAGAUUAAGUUCUUGUCAAAGGCAAGGGAAGGCCUGUUAGCUUAAACAAAGUGUGGGCAACUUCUGCUCUGUUCUGGCAGCCUAGCCUGCUUGAGUUCAAAUGAGCUGGCUCCUGCUGUCAGAAAUGAGAGGGAAAACUAUGGCCUGCUCUGUUCAGAAAAUGGAGAAAUAACACCUGAUUUAGAGACAGCCCAUCAAUGGCAAAGAAGUUUUUUUAAAAAAGUAACAAAACAUUAGCAGCUGAAAGGCUUAACCUACCUCCCAGCAGUGUCAAGGAGAGCAUUUCCAUUGGUAUGGCUGGAACACCUUGAGCCCCUGCUUUGGAGAACAUCCCAGCACUUGCUGAAGAGGGUUGGACUUGGCCUUGGUUUGGUUUCUCUUGCUCAUUUUUGGGGCCAAAAUUUUCGAGUGAAAGUGCCUGGUGUCAGGCACUGAACACUGGGAACUCCAGUGUGGUCACAGAGGUUGAGCUGCUCUGCCCUCAUCACUUCUUGAAGGAAGGGGAAGUGACAGGUCCCCCCAGGCCCAGGGGAAAGUCAUCCUCCUCUACACCUGCUGAGGUGCCCAGCAAAGGUCCUUCACUCCAGAGGUGCUAAAUAAAUCUCACUGAAUUCAGAGGGCCACUUACUUAGGUGUCAAAAUACAGACUUGAAUAGCUAAUUUUGGGAACCUAAAAAUUUGGCCUUUGAGUCUUUGAACAUGUUUAUGCCUAGAAGUUUUCAUUGUGAAAUCAUGUAAAACAGAUAAAGGUCAUGGUCACAAUUACGUGGUUUGAACACUUGGUCUAAACAAAAGGUCUAAAAAGGUGUUAUUUAUGCAGUUUCUAGUCACAGAUUGGGGCUUGAUUUAAUGAUUUUGUAAAAAAAAUUUCUCUUGAGAAUAAUGGGAUCGUUAAACACUGUUUUACUCUAGAAAUUGUUGUGCCACCGCUUAAAAAAGUUACCUUUUAGGUUAUGUAUUUCUCUAAAAUUAUGUCAUUGCUUGGCAAUCAGUGUCCUGUAAGUGUUUCUAGUACGCUUCUAGAAUUGCCAACAGAUGCACAGGGGGACCAGAUACAUUUCGUUACUAUGGGUUGGAAAAAAUGGAUUGUACAUUUGGCUUCACAUGUUUAACUUUUUUUUUAAAAAGUUGCAUGAUUGGAAAAAAUAUGUAUACAGUAUCUGUAAAACUGUUUUAUCUGUUUCUGUUUCAAGCCAUGUAAAUUGGAAGAAUAUUAAAUCCACAGCCUUAUUGCGCAUGGCCGUCUUUACAUACUGAAGAGCUGAACAGUUUAUACUUUUCAUUUGGGCUAUCUUGUACUUUCAUUUGAAAGCAGACACUCUCACGUUGCAGUCUUACUGAGGAUUUUUUAUUUAAAAAAGAAAAAAAAAAAAAGAAAAAAGAUGCUGCCCUGGAGGAAUAUAUUACCUUACUACUCAGAGGUUGGAAGGAAGUUUGUUUUGGAGCAAAACCUGCCCCUUUCCAAACGAAGUAGAGACGCAGUGCUUACUCCACUUGGUGUUAGUAGAUAUUGCCUUGUGUAUUCCAUUUUAAAUUGUAAUCUAGUUUGUAAAAGAGAUGGUGACGCAUGUAAAUAAAGCAUAAUGGAUCUCUACAUUGCA